AUUUGAAAUAGAACAAACCCUUUUCUAAUCUGUUUAGAAAAAAGAAAAAAAAACCAUAAUUAUUCUCAGCUGCCAGCUUAAUUAUAUUAUUUAUUGCAUUUUUUGUUCUUGAUUUCUCUUGAAAAUGGUUUGGAGUUGCUUUAGUUGCAUUGGUGGCCACCAGAAUAAAUCACAAAAAAGUAUGAACGAGAGCAUAGAUUAUCCAUGGGAAAUCUACACUCUCAAGGAGCUUCUUCAAGCCACAAAUAACUUCAACAAAGAUAACAAGAUUGGUGAAGGAGGAUUUGGAAGUGUUUAUUGGGGUCGAACGAGUAAAGGUGUCGACAUAGCGGUGAAAAGAUUGAAGGCCAUGACAGCAAAGGCAGAGAUGGAGUUUGCAGUUGAAGUGGAGAUUCUUGCUAGGGUUAGACAUGAAAAUUUGUUGGGUUUGAGAGGAUUUUAUGCUGGUGGAGAAGAAAGACUUAUUGUAUAUGAUUACAUGCCAAAUCAUAGCUUGCUUUCCCAUUUACAUGGUCAAUUAGCUGAUCAAUGUCUUUUAGAUUGGAAGAGAAGAGUGAACAUCGCCAUUGGAGCAGCCGAAGGCUUAUCGUACUUACAUCAUGAGGCGCAACCUCACAUAAUACACAGAGAUAUAAAAGCAAGUAAUGUACUUUUGAACUCGGAUUUCGAAGCAAAAGUUGCUGAUUUUGGUUUUGCAAAGCUGAUACCGGAUGGGGUUUCGCAUUUAACCACAAGGGUUAAAGGAACUUUAGGAUAUUUAGCUCCCGAAUACGCCAUGUGGGGAAAGGUUGCAGAAAGUUGCGAUGUAUACAGUUUUGGGAUUUUACUUUUAGAGAUUGUUAGUGGUCGAAAGCCAUUAGAAAAGCUUCCAAAUGGCACGAAACGAGAUAUUGUUCAAUGGGCCACUCCAUAUGCUCAAACCGAAGAUUUUGAUCAAAUUGCUGAUCCAAGAUUGAACCAAAAUUUUGAUGUUCAUGACUUGAAAUCUAUUGUGACCAUUGCCUUAAGAUGCACUGAUGGGAAUGCUGAGAGUCGUCCGAGUAUGAAACAAGUGGUUGCUUGGCUUAAGGAUGGCUUGAGUACAAAGAAAGAAAUGCCUCAUCUCAAAAAUAAUGAAACUCCUCAUGUAGAUCAAGAUGAAGAAAAUUAUGAGAAGAAUCAUACAGAUCGUGAAGAGCUUGGGAAACAGCAAUUUGACGAUGGUGGGAUAUGGAGGUGAAAAUUAUUAAGUUAAUUAGUAUUUUCCAAUUACUUAAUUUGAUAAAUUUUCAGAAAUUGGGGUUUGCAAUUCUUGGCCCUUUUGAAGAAUAUUUUGUAUUUAUAUAUAAUAUAAGAUAUGUAAUUAAUUAAUGGAGAAAAAGGGAGAAGGAGACAAAUUUGACUUGCUUUUUUUUU